ACUUCACAGCUGAUUUCCGUGGAUUGCGUGUUUUCGCUGGAUCAGAUGUUCGUCCUGUCCUCAGCUAGGCAUGAAUGCAGUCGGAUCAGCCGUGGCACAGUGACACACACAGCUUCCCCAGACAGCAGACAUGGCCCAGGCUGCACAGAUAAACGUCCUCGAUAUCAGCACUCGUCUCCGGGUGGAGCACGACAAGAAGAGACGACAAUUCAGCAUCCGUUUGAACGGCUCCCAUGACAGGGCUGUGCUGCUGUAUGAAUAUGUGGGCAAGAAGACGGUGGAUUUGCAGCACACGGAGGUCCCUGAAGCUUACAGAGGACGAGAGAUCGCCAAACACCUGGCCAAGGCUGCAAUGGAUUUUGUAGUCGAGGAGGACCUAAAGGCCCAUUUAACCUGCUGGUACAUCCAGAAAUUUGUCAAGGAAAAUCCUCACCCGCAAUACUUGGAGCGCAUCCUCCACUGAACACGUUGAGGAUCUCUCAAUUCUAUCAGGAUCAACUGGGAUUGGGUGGGAUGGGUAUCUGUUGGGUGUCCCUAAUCUGUCUUGAAACUCCACAAAAGAAAGAGGUUUACUUUUUGUGUGUGUUUGCGAGAGUGAAUGUGACUGAAGGAGGGGAAAAGAUCUGAAACUACAAAGCUGUGUAAACGUUUUUCUUAGGAAAGAGGAGCGUGUGGAAUUUGAGGUGGGUUUUUGACUCCCAGUUACUCAAGUGGACUCUAAAGCCAAUCCACAGAAGUGAGAGGAUUACGACCGCCACUAUGAACUCCCAAAAACCAGUGGUUUUAUAUGAUCGUAAGGGUGACAUUAGACUCCAUAUGCCUUUCUGGCUCCGCGCCUUCAGAUUCAAUGGUGCUGAUAAGCGAGAUACACACACACAAUUAUGUUACACCCACAUGCACACUCAGCCUGGAGUUUUAGGGACGCCACAAUCAAAUCGUCCCGCCGUUGAAUUCUGUGCAUGAUCUAGGCUGAUCUUGUGUGUACUAAGGCCAGUGAAGAGCUCGGGCUCUGGAGACAAUCGCCUGCCCAUGUAUUCGCAGGACUGAACCUCUCAGGAUGCACACUUUAUAAAUAACAAUAAAGCACCUCUGGAUAGAGCAGAGCUUCUCAGAUCUGGGACUUGAGAUCCACUUGUCCUCCAUUUCUGAUCCAACACCUGAAUCAGCUGAUAAAGGCCUUCAGGAUUACUGUACAGAUGCAGGCACGUUAAAGGGGUAGUUCACCCAAAAAUUUAAAUUAGCGCAUGAUUUACUCUCCCUCAAGGCAUCAUAGGUGUAUAUGAGUUGAAUCAUUUAGUCAAAUACGAUGGUAGUUAGAUAAAAAUAACUGUCCUGGGUCGUUUAACAGCAAUGGCUGAGUGUUUUUUCUUUAACAGUCCAAAACAAGACCAAUGAAGUGCAUCCAUCUGUAAUUAACAGGACCGUACAUGGCUCAGACAGGUGAAUAAAAGUCCUGUAGUGAGUUGAUGUGCUUUUUAAAGUCAAAAAUCCCUAUUUACAACUUAAUGAACAGUUUUUUUUAUUGAAGGAAAAGAAAAAUUGCAUACAAUACAGCAGUAAACAUUAGUUACCUUUUUUCUAUUUUAGUUUUAACCCAAGACCUGCAGAUCCUGCGGCAGCUUAACAAAAUAAUUAUGGUCAAAUACAAUAAUUACAUAGUCUGGAACCUUUAUGAACAAUUUUGUGUAACUUUGCUCACUGUCAUACAUUGUAUAAGUUACAAACAUUCAAAUAUUCACUGUUAGCUAAGCUUAGCAUAAAUCAUUGAAUCGGAUUAGACCAUUAGCAUCUAUUAUACAAUGGCAUUAAUUAAUUUACCACAUUUAUUUUAUGUUACAGCCUUAUUUCAAAAUGUAUUAAAUUCAUUAAUUUCCUCAAUUCUACACACAAUACCCCAUAAUGACAACGUGAAAAAAAAAAGUUUUUGAAAUUGUUGCAAAUUUAUUACAAAUAAAAAACCUGAAAAAUCACAUGUACAGAAGUAUUCACAGCCUUUGCCGUGAAGCGCUAAAUUGAGCUCAGGUACAUUCUGUUUCUGCUGAUCAUUCUUGAGGUGUUUCAGCAGCUUAAUUGGAGGUCACCUGUGGUAAAUUCAGUUGAUUGGACAUGAUUUGAAAAGGCGUACACCUGUCUAUAUAAGGUCCCAGGGUUGACAGUGCAUGUCAAAGCACAAACCAAGCAUGAAGACAAAGGAAUUGUCUGUAGACCUCCGAAACAGGAUUGUCUCAAGACACAAGGCUGGGGAAGGUUACAGAAAAAUUUCUGCUGCUCUGAAAGUUCCAGUGGGCACAGUGGCCUCCAUCAUCCGUUAGUGGAAGAUGUUUGGAACCAGCAGGACUCUUGCUAGAGCUGGCCAGCCAUCUAAGCUGUGUGAUCGGGGGAGAAGAGCCUUAGUCAGGGAGGUGAUCAAUAACCUGAUGGUCACUCUUUCUAAGCUCCAGCUUUCUUCUGUGGAGAGAGGAGAACCUUACAGAAGGACAACCAUCUGUGCAGCAAUCCACCAAUCAGCCCUGUAUGGUAGAGUGGACAGACAGAAGCCACUCCCCACCUGGAUUUUGCCAAAAGGCACCUGAAGGACUCUCAGACCAUAAGAAACAAAAUUCUCUGGUCUGAUGAGACUGAAAUUGAACUCUUUGGAGUGAAUACCAGGCACCGCUCAUCACCAGGGUAAUACCAUGAAGCCGUGUGAAUAUGUGAAUACAGUGAAGCAUGGUGGUGGCAGCAUCAUGCUGUGGGGAUGUUUUUCAGCAGCAGGAACUGGAAGACUAGUCAGGACAGAUGGAAAGAUGAAUGCAGCAAUGUACAGAGACAUCCUGAAUGAAAACCUAUUCAGAGUGCUCUUGAUCUCAGACUGGGGCGACGGUUCUUCAGCAGGACAAUGACCCAAAGCACACCACCAAAAUAUCAAUGGAGUGGCUUCACAACAACUCUGUGAAUGCCCUUGAGUGUCCCAGCCAGAGCCCAAACCUAAAUCCUAUUAAACAUUUCUGGAGAGAACUGAAAAAUGGCUGCACACCAUCGCUUCCCAUCCAACCUGAUAGAGUUUGAGAGGUACUGCAAAGAGGAAUGGGUAGAAAUUCCCAAAGACAGGUGUGCCAAGCUUGUGGCAUCAUAUUCCAAAAGACUUGAGGCUGUAAUUGCUGCCAAAGGUGCAUCAACAAAGUAUUGAGCAAAGGCUGUGAAUACUUCUGUACAUGUGAUUUUUCAGGUUUUUUUAUUUUUAAUAAAUUUGCAACUAUUUCAAAAAAUCUUUUUUCACAUUGUCAUAAUGGGGUAUUGUGUGUAGAAUUUUGGCAAAUUUGAGCCAUUUUGGAAUAAGGCUGUAACAUAAAAAAUGUGGAAAAAGUGGAGCGCUGUAAUUACUAGCCAUAUAUAAGGCUAGGAAAUAGCAACGUUUCAUUUUUUUAUUGACUUGCAUGAAGAAGAGUCAAACUUUAAAUAGGAAAAUCUUUUUUAUUUUACGGGCGAGAUGCUAAUGGUCUAAUCAGAUUCAAUUAUCUAAGCUAAGCUAAGUUAAAAAGUGCUCCCGCCAGACCCGAAGAUUGGCUAAAUGAAUUUCUAAAAGUGGUAAAAUCAACAGGUUAACUCUAGGAUGAGCUUAUUUCCAAAAACAAAAGUGACAUGUUCCUUUUAAACGACUCCAGUUGUGUUAAGGGGUCAUGAGCUAAUAUUAAUUUUGAGUGAACUAACCCUUAAACCCUGCAGUAAAGUGGAUCUUGAAGGCUGGAGUUGAGAAACCGUGUCUCAGAGGAUUCUGUUACAUGUGGAUGGAUGUGUGUGUGUGUGCGCCGUAUGUUGAAUGACUGAGUUCGAGUGUGUGAAUGUCAGUGUGUGUCAGGCACUCCCAUAAUUCCCAGGGGCUAAUGAAAAGUCAGUCUGCGAACUGCCUUGAGCAAGAACGGUUGUUCGCUUGCCAUAUUCUGUGCUGACUUGAAAGUGACCAUGACCCCAUCGAUGACCAUACUGUUGCUGGAGAUAAUAACCAAGGUCAAAUAUUUCAAGCAAAACAACCAGGCUCUGUCAUACGUCAGUUUAUGAUGUAAUUCUAACUAAAAAUGCCUGAAGUUCAUCUGUUUUUACACAUUUAUGUACUCUUAAUAUUACUGUUUAUGUAUUUGAAUAAUAAAAAACAAACAUUAAGAUAUAA